AUGCGCACCGCUCCGAAUGUGAUCAUCACCGGAACCCCCGGGGUGGGCAAGACCGUUCACUGCGAACAACUGGCCCAGGACCUCGGACUGAAACACCUGUCCAUCAACCAGGUCGCCAAGGAGCGCGACUGCUACGAGACCUACGAUGAUGAGCGGAAGAGCUGGGUGGUGGAUGAGGACAAGUUGCUGGAUGCGAUCGAGGAUGAAGUGCUGCAGGGCGGCUAUCUGAUCGAUUGGCAUGCGUGCGACCUCUUCCCCAAGUCCUGGAUUGAUCUCGUGGUGGUGCUUCGCUGCCCGUCGACGUCAGUUCUGUAUGACCGUCUUUCUUCAAGGGGCUACCACGAAGCGAAACUACAGGAAAAUCUCGACGCGGAGAUCUUUGGGGUUCUGCUGGAAGAAGCGCGCGAGGCGUUCGAGGAAGAAAUCGUGGUUGAGUUGAACAGCGAGAAGGACGACGAUGUGGAUAGCAAUUGUGCACGGAUUACGACCUGGGUGGACACCUGGAAAAAGACGCAGGCCGAGCAGAAUGCGGACUGA